AUGUCUUCCACCUAUCCUUUUCUAUGCAGUUAUCACUGUCCCCCCUUUUUACAGAGCUGCCAUGCAUACAAACAGUACCUCAUCAAGGCCGAGGCCAAGGAGAUCAAGCUCCCACCUUACACAAUCAGCUCUGCUGGUAAAACCAAAGGUUGUGUUCCAUGGCCGAGUCAAUGGACACAGAUCUACGAAGAUGCUGCUAUUCAGUGGUACGGCUCACUGCCACAGGCCGAAGAGAAUGAUGGUGAGGAGUACAAUGCUGGGGACUAUGCCGAGGACGAUACGGAUGAAAUUGGCAAUUAA